CCAUUUUGACUCCAUAAAAUCGUAAUCCGUAUUGUAUCACUAUAAAAUUGUGGAUUACUUGUGUUCUGGAAGCUCAUCAAUAACCAUCCUCCCCAAGAUUAUUCCUUUUUCCCCUUUAGGAAACUUUUAACCUCGGGUCACUCGCAUUGCUACUGGCCUCCCCUGGGGGGAAAAGCCUGGCUUAGGGUUUCUUCUGAGCCAAAGAAAAAGAAAAAGAUCACGGGUCAAAAAGUUCACAAGAUUGGGAAGAAUUGUUUCAUCUUUACACUUGUGCGUAUUCAUAAUCUUAUAUCUUAAAUUUGAGGGUUAUGGGUUGGUUGGGCUUGUGCGGCUUGUGGUAGCUCAAGAUGUAGUCUUGGCUAAAGCAGAGAACUUGUGAUUUUUGUAGUGCUUUUCGAGAGACGUAUUGGUGAAGCAAGUUAUAUACCUUUGUCUCUGUGUAGUACGCUGCUGGGCUCAAUUAAUGCUGCAACUUUAACCCCAUGAAAAUGGGAUCUUCCGGAUCUCCUUCUCGCAGGGUUCUGCCAUUUGCAGUUAAGGAAAUGCGAGUUUUGUUUCAGUAAUUCUUGCUCAAAUAAGGGGCAUUUUGGGGGUACUGGAGGGUUGGUUAUAUGACUAUAUGAGUGGUAGUAUGAGUUUUCUUUGCCCUAACAGCUCUCAACAAUGGAGAUAUAGAGUUUUCAUGGAUCAACAGCUAUUGAUAUGGAUGGCCUAUAAGUAGAUAUAUUGAUUUGUUGUUUUGCACAAUUUGAAGAUUGAAGUGAUUCCAGUUGAGUUUAGUAGCUUAUUUAUGAUGGAGGAUAUAGGUUUGUUCAAGCAAGCAUGGAUGUGGUUACAAUCUAAGAAGGAUUGGUACUCUCUUGUGAGGAAAACAAUGAGCUGCUUAAGGGACAAAGUUGUCAUCUUCAUAGAAAAACAUUGGCCAAUGGUUUGUUACUUUUGCGUGAAACUGGGAAAGGAUCUUUUGUUUUUGUUAAGAUGCUGGAAGGAUUGUAUUAAUCAGGGAUUUCGGUCAUUUGCUGGGCUUGGAUCUGCUGCUUUAAUUGUGAUUAUGUGGAGUUCCUUUAUGAGUUUAACUUCACUGUCGUGCCUGCUAUAUGUGCUUCUUAGUAUGGGAGCUGCCGGGGCUGCUAUUCAGUAUUUAGGAUAUACUUCUGGACUUUUUAUUGUUGGCCUGUUUUCCAUUUUAAUUUUGUGGAUGUAUGCCAACUUUUGGAUAACGGGUGCACUCUUUUUUGUGGGAGGUUAUCUGUUUUCUUUAAACCAUGCAAGACUACUGGUGCUGAUGGCAGUUAUAUAUUCUAUUUAUUCUGUUAAAACUCGAGUCGGGUGGCAUGGAGUUUUUAUCUCAAUUAACCUUUCAUUCCUCUCAAAUGGAAUCCUAAACUACCUGCUUCAUCGGUAUGACAUCUUGCGUGAAAGCAGUCAUUAUGAGGAGCAGCAGCAGCAAGUAGAACCUGAUUCUUCGUUCGCAGAGGAGGAAGGGUUUUGUACUGCAUAUGAAUCUUCUUCUGCUCCUCCAAGUGAUGAAACUGAAAAGCUUCACUCUUGCAAAUCAUUCAGCAAACCUGCUGUUAUCACUACUACUGUUAUGGAUAAACAGGAGCCUUUAGCCAAGGAAGUUUCAAGAGAAGACUUAAAUUCAGUGGCUGAGAUGAAGCGGAUUAUAAAUAGUGUUGAUCACUAUGAAGCAAUUGGAUUUUCUCGCCACAAGAAAAUUGAUAGUCUCCUUUUGAAAAAGGAGUAUCGCAAAAAGGCCAUGAUUGUGCACCCUGAUAAAAACAUGGGAAGCCCGAUGUCAAGCGAGUCAUUCAAGAAACUUCAGUCGGCCUAUGAGGUUCUUUCUGAUGCUGUAAAGAAGAGGGACUAUGAUGAGCAUCUCAGGAAAGAGGAGUCCAAGUCUGUCUUACAUAAUAGAUCAGCAGGAUCUUCCCAUCAGGAGACCACGUCUGAUUACUGUUCCAAAGAAUCUAGGCGUAUAAAGUGCACAAAAUGUUGCAAUUCACACAUUUGGGUUUGCACCAACAGGACAAAGGCUAAAGCUAGGUGGUGCCAGGAUUGCUGUCAGUAUCAUCAAGCCAAAGAUGGAGAUGGAUGGGUAGAAUAUAGAGGGUCAUUGGGCUUUGAUCGGCCUCAGAAGAUGGAGAUACCCCGGGCAUUUGUUUGUGCAGAGAACAAGAUAUUUGAUGUGUCAGAAUGGGCAAUAUGUCAGGGGAUGUCUUGCAGACCAAAUACACACAGACCAAGCUUCCAUGUGAACAUGGUAGGGUUGGAGAAAUCAAGUCACAGAUCCCAUUCAGGUAGCAGUAGGUAUCCAUGGGAUGUAGAUAGUGAGAUGACUGAUGAAGAUGAAGAGUUUGAGUUGUGGCUGCAGCAAGCUUUAGCUUCUGGGAUCUUCACUGAGACCCCCAAGCGUAGGAAGACUUGGAGCCCCUUCAAGCUGAAUCAGAUGAAAGGGAAGAAGCAAUGGCGCCGUUUCUCUUGAAA